AUGAUUGAAAAGUGCUUCUAUAAGAAGUCUAUUAAAUGGUUGAAAUAUCGCGGUAUCCUUACGCCAGAAUGCGUAAAGAAGUAUUAUUCAAUGUACAUUUCCCGCCAAGUCCCUCCACGCACCUACCGCUACUUCCACGAGGUGAAUUCGCCAGCGCUAUACGAGCAGGACGAUACAGCAGAACGGACAGUUGAUAUUGGGUGGAGGAUAGUGGGGGGUCGGUUUGCGAGUAUCCAGGAAGUCCCCUUCCAGGUUCUGUACGGGAAGUACUGUGGGGGGGCGCUCAUAGCUCCGGAGUGGGUUAUCACGGCCGCACAUUGUAAAACUAACGACGAGUUUGUGUACAUUGGUUCGACGCAACGCAGCGAGGCGGCUCCCUUCAAGAUCUGCGCCCACUUCACCCACCCCAUGUGGAACGUCUCCCGCCUUCACAGCCACGACUUUGACUACCAGCUCGUGCUGUUGGAGCAGGCUGUUCCAGUCACGGAGAGUUCCAGACCGAUUGCAAUUGGCAGCGUGAAGGAUGUGAAGCCAGGGGUGAUGGUGUCCAUUAGUGGAUGGGGACAUUUGCAGUAUAAGAAGAGCAAAAUGCAAGAGUACCUCCGCCGCGCCUAUGUGCCUGUUAUGGCAGACGAGAUCUGUAAAACGAUGCCAGACGGUAAUUAUGACAGGAUCACACCCAGAAUGUUUUGUGCAGGAUACGUCAAUGGUACUAAGGAUUCCUGUCAGGGUGACUCCGGCGGGCCAGCGGUGGUGAAAGGGCGGUUGGUAGGGAUGGUGUCCUAUGGGGUUGGAUGUGGUGGCGCUCACCACCCUGGAGUGUACAGCUUGGUGCCGAUGGCCAGGGAUUGGAUACGAUCAGUGACUGGAUUGCCUUUGUAA